GUACGGCUAUGCGUCAUCGCUGGGGCUCAGCAAACAGAAUCGGUUCACUGAGGUACACCGUUAUGAACAGAAACAAGCGGGAUAUCCAGUUGCGUCCUACUGAACUCAAAUGAAUAUACCUGGAAAAUAUUGAGGGUAUACUGGAAUCCUCAACAGAUGCUGCUACUACAAUGCGGCGCAUUCUUUUGUCGCUUCUACUAUCUCUUUCGCUCCUCUUCAUCUUCUACAAAACCAAGCAUAUCGGAGACUACACCAUUCGAGUUGCCACGCCUGGAUUGAACCCGGGAAAGCAUAUAACUGUAUCUCGCACAAAAAGCGACCGAUUCCGUCCCCUCAGACUGACAGAAUGCACCGACUCAACCCCCGGAUACUAUGCACCAUGUAUGGCUCGGACACUACCGAAUGUAGUAUCCGCUGAGGAACUGAUCUACCCUGCCUACACCAUAAGCCCUCCAAUAUUCGCUACGUCCCGCCCUCACGAUGCAGAACGGUGGUGGAACACGACGUGGAUGAUGUGGGAACGGGCUUAUGAAAUGAAAGGUCGAGUGCGUUAUCCUGAAAAGCACGGUCAGAUAUAUGUAUUUGAAAAUGUUACCCUAUCUGCCUCUACACCCUUCGACAAGUGGAUCAUGCAAGCCUGCGUGUCCGGCCUCGCUACAACCUCUCAUGUUGUACCUAGCAGCGAGGAGCCCACCCAUGACAGCGUGCUGCUGGCAAACUUCCCAGACUCAUGGUCAAUGCAGCACUUUCUCGACCGUGGCAUGCGCGCAGUCGCGCAGUCGCGGGAUCAUCAGACGCAGUACGUAGCUACUGGGCGCGAGGGACACAGAUCCGUCGAGGAGUUUUGGUCAUACCUCGGAUAUCCUGCAGACCGGGUGCUGCAUGGCGAUACAACCUUUGUGGCAUCGCAGCUUAUAUGGAGCUGUCGUGCACCGCUUAUCCAUCCGUGGCUGACACAGAGAUCCCUUUCGCUCCUCAGUCCUGAUAGUCUUCAGCCAGUGGAAAAGACAAACCGGAAAUUAAUUUUAUACAUGACACGAUCGAACGGGCUGAUCCUCAAUGCUGGCAGAGAAGUACUCAACGAGGAUAUUCUCCUGGCAAAUAUCCAAUCACUUCUCAAUAAGAGAGGGAAAAGGGAAGAACUGAAGAUCUUCAAUCACGAGGACUUUCCCAGCACCGACGCGCUGAUGCGCUACGUUCAUCAGAACGUCAAAGCAGUGAUUGGUCCCCAUGGAAGUGCUCUGCAUAAUCAUUUUUGGGCUGCCGAUGAUACGCUGUUGAUCGAAUUUAUGCCCACGUCCAGACCGGACUUUGCUUUCUAUGAGGCUGCAAGCAUGCGGGAUCAGCCAUAUGCGGUACUGAUGAUAGAUCCGGUGGAUGAUCAGCAUAACAUGGAGGUGGAUGUACCUGCUGUGAUCGAGAUUUUGUCAGAGAGGUUGGAUCAGCCACUGGAGAUGAGCGAGCGACUGAAAGUAGCGUAUGAUUGGGAGGCGGAAGAGCUGGGAGUUAAUUAGCUUGUUCCUGUAUGCUAUACCCGGAUUACCCGAAAGUAAGUUCGGUUGUCAUACAGUCUAGGCGUCUAAAUGUUGUUUUGGGUUUACGUUUUCCUGUUGGUGCUCGGUCUGAGCCGUGGAUACCAGUUCGUCUGCCUCGUCGCCCACUUGCUCUGUCGUGGUGAAUGCCUG